CACAGGCUUUUUCAAGAAGCCCCCAUUGUAGAGACCACACAGUGUGAUAGGGGGAAGUCUCGGCUCCUUCAUGGCAAUGCCCAGAAAUGGAAGCAGACUUGAUAUUGUUCAUGAAAAUUUAAAAAUGGGAUCAGAUGGUGAAAGUGACCAAGCUUCAGGGACUUCAUCGGAUGAAGUUCUAUCUCCAACAGGUGUUUGUCUCAGAAACCGGAUACACAGCCAAAUCUCUAUGGAGGAUCUAAAUAAAAGUUUGUCACUUCCUGCGGACAUUAGAAUACCCAACGGUUAUUUAGAAAAGCUGCAGAUAAAUAGCCCUCCAUUUGAUCAACCAAUGAGCCGGCGUUCUCGGAGAGCUUCCUUGUCCGAGAUUGGAUUUGGGAAAAUGGAGAACUAUAUUAAAUUGGAAAAGCUCGGAGAGGGAACUGAUGCAACUGUAUAUAAUGGAAGAAGCAAAUUGACGGAGAACUUGGUAGCACUAAAGAUCUGCUUGGAGCAUGAAGAGGGAGCACCUUGUACAGCCAUAAGAGAAGUUUCAUUAUUAAAGGAUCUAAAGCAUGCCAAUAUUGUUACAUUACAUGACAUCAUUCACACAGAUAAAUCCUUGACUCUAGUCUUUGAGUACUUGGACAAAGACUUAAAACAGUAUAUGGAUGACUGUGGCAACAUCAUGAGCAUACACAAUGUGAAGCUUUUUUUAUACCAGAUUCUUCAUGGUUUGGCCUAUUGCCACAGGAGGAAGGUGCUUCAUCAGGACCUGAAAUCACAGAACCUCCUCAUUAAUGAGAAAGGAGAAUUAAAGCUAGCAGAUUUUGGACUAGCAAGAGCCAAGUCAGUACCCACAAAGACCUACUCAAAUGAAGUUGUCUUGCUCUGGUACCGGCUACCCGAUAUUCUCCUGGGUUCCUCUGAGUACUCCACACAGAUAGACAUGUGGGGUGUUGGCUGCAUAUUUUUUGAAAUGGCAUCAGGAAGACCCAUUUUUCCAGGUUCUACAGUGGAGGAUGAACUGCACCUAAUUUUCCGAUUGCUUGGGACACCAUCUCAAGAAACCUGGCCGGGUGUUUCUUCAAAUGAUGAGUUCAAGAACUACAACUUUCCUAAAUAUAAGCCACAGCCGCUCAUCAAUCAUGCCCCCAGACUAGACUCUGAAGGAAUUGAAUUGAUAACAAGAUUUCUUCAGUGUGAGUCAAAGACAAGGGUUUCAGCAGAGGAAGCCAUGAAGCACGCAUACUUUCGAAGUCUGGGAACAAGAAUACAUGCUUUACCUGAAAGUAUCUCAAUAUUCAGUUUGAAAGAAAUUCAAUUGCAAAAGGAUCCGGGUUUUCGAAAUUCUUCCUAUCCAGAGACAGGACACGGCAAGAACAGAAGACAGAGCAUGCUCUUUUAAGUUCGAUAGCAGGAUUUCAAGCCCAGCCCGGCCUCUCUU